AUGGCCGUUUCUCUGGAAGACCUGCCUGAACUAGGGCUCACUAUGAUAGUGUCCAACAUUGUGGAUGAAGCUUUGGCAUUUGUCAAAGAGCAUUGCAACGCCAUGACAUUUAACCACGUUGUUCGCACAGCGUACUGGGCAUCCAUUCUGGUUAAGAAACAAAUUUUUUCGACUGCCUCUGUUGACUUAGAAGCAGUUAUUAUGAGCUGUAUUCUACAUGAUAUGGGAUGGGCGGAGACGAAAUCACUCCUCUCAAAAGACAAUCGGUUUGAGGUAGACGGAGCAAAUAUCGCAGCGGCAUUUAUUCGCGCUUGUCAGACAGACAAGAUCUCAGAUGGCAAAACUUCAUGGAAUCAGUCCCGAGUUCAACGUUGCUGGGAUGCCAUUGCUUUACACAGUACCCCGUCUAUCGCAAGGCACGCGGCUGCUGAAGUAUCGUUGACUUGCCUAGCUAUUAUGGCUGACUUCAUGGGGCCAGCACUUCCAAAUAGUCUUGGAGGGGAAAAUCUGAUAACAAUGGAAGAAUAUCGAGCGGUAUUAAGGCUAUAUCCCCGAAAUGGGUUUACCACUGAAGGUCUCAAGCAUGUAAUGUGUGGACUGUGCAACACAAAACCUGCUACGACAUUCGAUAACUUUGUUGGGUCAUUCGGCCUCAGAUUUGGAACAGAUGGGCAGGGCGCCGGCAAGAAAGAGUUUGUGCGAGCAUGGGAAGAAAACCAAGCAGCUAACCUUCUAUUAUCUGGUCUUGCCGGGCUAGAGCAGUUAGACGCACGCCCGUAA